CAUCAACCCCAUCGACUCGUCAGGACGAGUGCUUACGAUGGAAUAAACUGCCUACCGACUGUUGGAAAGGAUUUGUCACGGCAUUCAGUGUUUCACAGCGAUGGCCUCGAACCCCCUUGGAGAGCCGCUGGCUGGAGCAGCUUCGUCAUCGUCGCAAUCACCCCGGCCUCGAACGCCCCAACCCGAUCACGACCAGGACGAGCUCGAUUUUCUUGGCGACGAUAUCGGAAACGAUGGACGAGUACUCGAUGGCGAUCCCAUAGCGACGCCGAUUUCAUUCAAGCGCAAAAAAACCGACAAUGUCCUCUCGACGCCCAACCGACUGCUGUCAACAAUCACAGGCGGCAGAUCUGCUAACGCAGGCAACGGUUCCUCGUCUAGGGAUCGUUCGCCGUCGGGUCGAAUGCCGUUUUUCGGUUCACCCCAUAAAGGAAACGGAAGCGGAUUGAAUCACAAUACAAAGGACGGAGCCCCCCUGGACUGGCAUGUCGAAGGUCCUGGCCGCCGCGUAGGCUAUGAUGACUUGACAGCUAUCGAUUGGAUUUUCGAGUAUACAAAAGAACGCCAACGCAUACGGACGCUGACAUCUGGCGCCUCUGGAAUCCUUGGUCGAGUACAAGUCUUGCUGGAUGCUAGUCAGGCCUGGAUAGUGCUGGUGCUCACUGGCUUGCUUGUUGGCGCUAUCGCUGCCACGAUUAACGUCACAACGGAUUGGCUGGGAGACAUUAAGCUCGGCUUCUGCGCCAGUGGCCCCGAAGGCGGCCACUUUUACCUCAAUAAAGCAUUUUGCUGCUUUGGAUACGAUCAGGGAUCCAAGUGUUUAGGGUGGAAGACUUGGAGCGACUCUCUCGGUGUCCACAGCGCCGGAGGGAAAUGGUUCUUGGAAUACAUCUUCUUCCUUCUCUUCUCAGUUACAUUUGCAUACUGUGCCGCGCUGCUUGUACAAGAAUACGCCAUUUAUGCAAAGCAUAGUGGUAUCCCCGAAAUUAAGACUGUCCUCGGAGGGUUCGUCAUUCGACGUUUCCUGGGCCUCUGGACCCUGAUUACGAAAUCUUUUGGUCUUAUUCUGGCCGUUGCUUCAGGCAUGUGGCUAGGCAAAGAGGGACCUCUUGUCCACGUAGCCUGCUGCUGCGCAAAUCUGUUUAUCAAACUCUUUGCCAACAUUAGGAACAAUGAAGCUAGAAAACGUGAAGUUUUAUCGGCAGCUGCUGCAUCCGGUAUCUCUGUAGCUUUCGGAUCACCUAUUGGCGGCGUGCUUUUUAGUCUUGAGCAACUGUCAUAUUACUUCCCAGAUAAAACCAUGUGGCAGAGCUUUGUUUGUGCCAUGGCAGCCGCCGUAUCUCUCCAAGCCUUUGAUCCGUUUCGAUCUGGCAAGCUGGUGCUAUAUCAAACCAAGUACAGCACCGACUGGCACGGCUUUGAAAUCCUUCCGUAUGCCAUCCUCGGUAUCAUUGGUGGCGUCUAUGGCGGACUCUUCAUCAAAGCCAACAUGAUUGUAGCACGAUGGAAGAAGGCUAACCCCUGGCUCCCCGGCCCUGUUUCCCAAGUUCUGGCCGUUGCUUUUCUGACGGCGCUCAUCAACUAUCCCAACUUUUACAUGAAGGUUCAAUCUACAGAACUGGUGUCAAGUCUCUUCUCAGAGUGCUCUAAAGUCCUGGACGACCCUAUUGGACUCUGCAAGACAGGCGCGGCAUCAGCCACCACGAUUGUGCUCCUCAUCUUUGCCGCUGUCUUGGGCUUCUUUCUCGCCGCUAUCACAUUUGGCUUGCAAAUUCCUGCUGGCAUCAUCCUGCCAUCUAUGGCUAUCGGUGCACUUAUUGGCCGCGCCAUUGGUAUCAUCAUGGAAAUCUGGGUUGACAACCACAGAUCUUUCUUCCUGUUUCAAACUUGCGCCCCUGAUGUACCCUGUAUUACACCGGGAACAUACGCCAUCAUUGGCGCUGCCGCAUCACUGGCUGGCGUAACUCGCAUGACUGUGUCCAUCGUUGUCAUCAUGUUUGAACUGACUGGUGCCUUGACAUAUGUCUUGCCUAUCAUGGUUGCCGUUAUGAUUUCCAAGUGGGUGGGAGAUGCAUUCUCACGCCAGGGCAUCUACGAGUCUUGGAUUCAUUUCAACGAGUAUCCCUUCCUGGACAACAGCGAAGAGAUGAUAAUACCUGACAUCCCUGCUUCGGAUGCCAUGACCCGAAUUGAAGACCUCGUUGUUCUCACUGCAACUGGUCACACAAUUUCAUCACUCAAUAUCAUCUUGGAAACUCAUCCGUACCGCGGCUUUCCCGUUAUAUCUGAUCCGCAGGAGGCUAUCUUGCUUGGAUUUAUCUCGCGUGCCGAACUCACCUAUAACAUCCGCACUGCCACUGGACCUCCACGAUCUCUGCCCCUUGAAGCUGAAGUGUUCUUCUCGCACCAGGCUCUUGCAGACCCCAGGACCACGCUAGACUUGCGCCCAUGGAUGGACCAAACACCUCUUACUCUUCCUUCGCGCACCAACAUGCAUUUGGCUGUAUCGUACUUCCAGAAACUUGGACUCCGUUACGUACUCUUCUGUGACCAAGGCGUGCUACAAGGCCUCCUUACCAAAAAGGAUGCAUGGUAUGUGCUCAACGGCGCGGAAGAAACCCGCAGGACCACAGAAGUCCCUAUAAUGCGGACAGAUGGCCUCCGACGACGCAAUGUCGGUCCUACUCGCCGUACCGAGGACGAGAACUUGUCCGAUUUGAUCGACCCCGAAGAUGACGAGCCAGCAUUAAAUGAAGCUCGAAGCCCAAUGUUAUAGUGUUUACAUACGUUCAUGACAAAUUAA